UAGGUGUGGUGAACAUUCUUAUGUUUCUCAUUUGCAGGGCCAAAACCAAUCACAGGGCGGCAGCGGUGGAGGCGGCUCUGGCGGGGAAAAAGAAGGAUGACAAGGACAAGAAGCGCAAACACGAACCCCCGAUUCCGAGUCGUGUGGGCAAGCGGAAGAAGCGAACCAGGGGACCAGAGGCUGCUAGUAAACUCCCACUCGUGACGCCCCACACGCGAUGCCGGCUGAAGCUGCUGAAGCAGGAGCGAAUCAAGGACUACCUCCUGAUGGAGGAAGAGUUCCUGCGAAACCAGGAACGCCUCAAGCCGCAGGAGGAGAAGCACGAAGAAGAACGCUCUAAGGUGGACGACCUGAGAGGCAGUCCGAUGUCGGUCGGUACUUUGGAAGAAAUCAUCGACGACAGCCAUGCCAUUGUCUCAACAUCCGUGGGUAGCGAGCACUACGUCAGCAUGCUGUCAUUCGUCGACAAAGACCAACUGGAGCCCGGCUGUUCGGUGCUGCUCAACCACAAGGUUCACGCGGUCGUCGGCGUGCUGUCGGACGACGCAGACCCCAUGGUGGCCGUCAUGAAGCUGGAAAAAGCACCCCAGGAGACGUACGCCGACAUCGGAGGGCUUGACCAGCAGAUACAGGAAAUCAAGGAAAGUGUUGAGCUUCCCUUGACACACCCCGAAUACUAUGAGGAGAUGGGCAUUCGACCACCGAAGGGAGUCAUCCUGUAUGGACCCCCCGGCACGGGCAAGACGCUGCUUGCCAAGGCGGUCGCCAACCAGACCUCGGCCACUUUCCUUCGCGUCGUCGGCUCAGAGCUCAUCCAGAAGUACCUGGGAGAUGGCCCCAAGCUCGUUCGAGAGCUGUUCCGGGUUGCUGAAGAGCACGCACCAUCCAUUGUGUUCAUCGACGAAAUCGACGCCGUAGGAACAAAACGGUAUGACUCCAACUCUGGCGGUGAGCGGGAGAUUCAGCGCACCAUGCUGGAGCUGCUGAACCAGUUGGACGGCUUCGACUCGCGGGGUGACGUCAAGGUAGUCAUGGCAACCAACCGCAUCGAGACCCUCGACCCGGCUCUGAUCCGGCCUGGUCGUAUUGACAGAAAAAUUGAGUUCCCUCUGCCGGACGAGAGAACGCGGCGGCGCAUCUUCCAGAUCCACACGGCGCGCAUGACGCUGGCCGGCGACGUUAACUGUGACGAUCUGGUAGCCGCCAAGGACGAUCUGUCUGGUGCAGACAUUAAGGCCAUCUGCACCGAGGCCGGGCUCAUGGCUCUACGGGAGAGGCGCAUGAAGGUGACCAGCGAUGACUUCAGGAAGUCCAAAGAGAACGUCCUGUACCGCAAGAAGGAAGGAAGCCCAGAGGGUCUAUACCUGUGACUCUGUCGCAAGAUUGGUGGCUGUGUUGAAGGUGUAGCUAAUAAAAUGUGUUGCUUACCUUCA